AUGGGUUGUGUGCCAAUAAUCAACACAUAUAGUGAUCCACGUAUACUCUGCAUUGUUGCCCUGUGGACUGUGCUUCUCCUGCUACUUGCGUACUGUUUAUGUGGGAGGAAUUUGCAAAUACAACGGUAAGGAUCUUUUAGGGGCUAUUCACAGAAUACUUUAAUUUUGAAAUGAGUCCGUCCCAUCUCCAUAACUUUAUUACUCUGUAUAUGUUUACUUAGUAAUUUAAAGACAAAGUUUCAUUCCUACACAAGUCAUUCUGGAAUGAGUUCAUUCCAGUUUUGAAUACAAAUUUAAUUCAUGUGGUGUGAUAUUCCAUUCUGGUAUUGUGUAACCUGAAUACAAAGUUAACUUUGUUCUGAUUAGAAAUGUAAUAGCAGACCAUGUAGUUGUAGGCCACCAGUACAUUUGUAUCACUUUCAAGUUUAUCUGGCACAAACACCAAGGGAGGGAGAAUGCCUUAAUUAAGCUGAGCCAGUCAAUUUUCUGAUGUGAAUGCAAAGUGAAUUAAUUCUUGGACCAACAUAUAUCAACAUCUUGUUUUUUACUUAACUGUUCAACUUGUAGGUUGUUAAGAUUCACAUGCAUUUACUUAACAGUACUUUGGUCCUGUGGCUCUUCCUUUUUUUCCAGUAAUAAUUGUCUAUGUGUUGGAAUAAUUAUUAAUAGGCCUCCCAAGCAGAUAUUCUUUUGGCUCGUAAUGCAGUCCUCCCCAACAGUCAUGGGGCAAAACUGUCAAUGUGUGAUGCAGUCCUAAGAAUGUCUGUGUGGGAGAAAUGGAAAAAUAAAUUGGUCUAAAUUCUACAAACAUGAUCAUACCAACUUUAAAUAAUACAAUCAUGCAAGCAUCAAUUUUCUGUGCUUGAUAACACAUGUGCAUCUGCUACAUUGCAUUUGCAGUUCAUUGAAUGUUGUGUUUGACAAGAGAGAUAAUCUUCUUUUUUCAGGAUUCUAACCAUGGGACUUGCUAUCCUUGCUGUCCCAUUCCUUCCAGCAUCAAAUAUCUUCUUCACAGUUGGUUUUGUUGUAGCUGAAAGGGUGCUGUAUCUCUCCAGUAUUGGCUCUUGUCUGAUCACUGUUCUUGGAUUUGCCGCACUAAGCAAGAAAUACUUUGGAAAAAAGCUGGUGAGCAAGAAUGAUGUAUACCAGUAUAUAUUCACUUGUCACUCUUCAAAGACGUGCAACAUGCUGGUUUGAAAUUAAGACUGCUUACAUGUACAUGUAUGUUAUUUAGGUGUCAUGCUCUUUUUAGCAAUGUAGCUUGACCUUGUUGGAGGAAGCAAUUGUUUUUCUACAGGGGAAACACUCCAUUACGCAGAUUAUGGGUAGUAUUUUUCCUUUGAAUUUAACUGACCAAACGAGGAGCACAAGGAGGGGAAGUACCUAACAGGCUGGUGGAGCCAAGAACUGCAGCUGAGUGUACCUUGUAACCAUGACAACCCUGUCAUGGUGUGCAGGGUCCAGGCACCAUCACACUGCGUACAAGUACAUGGAUUAACCCUUUAAGUCCAGAUGGUGACCAACAUCAAUAAUUUUCCCCAAACGAUAUCCAUACAUAAUUUGUCAGGAGAAAUGGUUAUGAGAAUUAAUUAAAUGAUCACCAAAGAGAAAAUGCUUUGAUCUUUUAUUUAACUCUCUCAACGUAUCUCUAAGUAAAUGUAUGAAUAUCAGUGUGGAGAAUUUGUAUGUGGAUAUUGGGGCUUAAAGGGUUGAAGGGUACGCUGGGUACAGAGUAGGGAGCCGAAAACUUCACCAGCAUAAGCAGUGUAUAGCAAUAUACAUGUGUAACACGCACAGGGUACAGAGGAGUUAUUUGGGCAUGACCUUGGUUGUUGAUUGUAGUUAAAUUUUACAGUUGAUACCGCACAUUCCCUUUGACUUUAUACUGUGGAAUCAAGCAAACCGUCAUGCGAUCAUCUUACAAACCUGGUUAAAUAUUAUCCAAUGCUCCGGAAAACCACUGAAGGUAAUGACUGUGGACGAAUAACAGCAGCUACACUGUAGGAUAUAAUAAAGAGACAAAUAACACAUCUGCGUCCUGUGUAACACCCUGACAAGAAUUAAUUAUUUGAUAUUUUCUGCUGCCCUGCACCUAUAGGUUUUAGGAUUAACUGUUGGUGCACUGAUAGCUUGGUACAUGGCUCGAACAGUACAGGUAAGAAAAAUGACCCUUCUGCUCGUAGAGCCUCAGAUAAUCAUAUCAAAGGGGUGCCUGGAAUUAAGCCUGAUGUUAGACAAUCAAAGAGUGAGGGUGUAAUUGCAUUGCAGUAUCCCUUUCAUCCAUGUUUUUACCAUCUAUAUCACCAUGUUAUAUUCUGUACCAAAAGUUAUUACGUAAUUUGCUUUGACUUGCUUCCUAUGCAGACAUUUCCAGGUUAGGCAAGGGACUUGUGGCAAAUUCCUAAGAAAUCUUUGUGGGGGCCAGUUCUUGCCUCAGAUUUCAUGGACUAAAAGUCUUGGUCAUACGCUUUCCCCCACUGAUACUACUAUGGUACAGGCACCCCCUGUCAAAAGAUACUGAGCUCAGGGUUCUCACUAAGUUUUAAAGUAUACAGCUAGGAUGUAAAUGUAGGUGGCUUAGCAAUCAAGUUCUGUAAUUAAUUUCAGGCUUGCAUUCGGCCUUGCUUUACCAUUUUUCCUAAAGAGUACAUGGCUCAAACCUAGUCGUUUUUUUAGCCAGUUGCCAGCACUUAAAGAGAACCCUGUAGAAAGCUUAAAAAAUAUGAGCUUCUCCAUAAUACAGACACCUUGAUUUGUUCCUCUGGUGUUCGCCUGAAAGCGUUCUUGGAGUUGUGGCUGUUUUUAUAUUGCCUUCUUCCUUUUUUCAGAGAUCCACAGAAUGGGUUGAUGAAGACACUUUAUUCACUUCUGGACUCACUGUUUGUCCACUCAAUGCCAAGGUAAAUGAAAUAGCUGAAGGGAUGUUCUCACAGUCAUGAUUGCAGCUAGCAAGACCUCCCAUAAGGGACCAUUUAUGCAAAAUACUGUUAGUAAUCAGUCUUGCCAGUCAAGAUGGAAAACUCUAGGAAGUGACCUCCUCUAGAAAAAGGGGCUAUGUCAGGUGGAUACUGUUGGACCCUGUUGUGUCAGGACAGAAGGACAAUUCUGUGCUUAAGUCACAGGUCGAAGUGACUGUGCCUACCACAUCCACUUUCUUGUAUUUUUUUAUUCACUUUUUUUGUUAACAUACAUCUAGGCUUUGAAUUAAUUUUUUUUCAAGGGUUAACUUAAAUAAGCUAUUCAUCAGCAUUGUAAUUGAAAUUGUAAUCGUAAGUAACACCAGGGCGGUGCCUUGCAUGGGUCUAGGGUCCCGUUUGCACUUGCCCUUUUGGGGAUCAGCAAUUGUUUUAUAAUUAUUCUUGUGAUUAAAAUUAAUUAUUUUUAUUUUAUUUCUUUAAUCAUAUAUCUUCUUGUCAAUCCUUUCAUGAUUGCAGUUUUGCCCCAAUAAAGUGCCCCCCCCCCCUCCCCCUAGUUACCUAGUUCCCUUCCCCAUACACAAAAUGCUUCUUUAAAAUUAUGACGAGGCACAAACCGUAGUAAUUUCUUUUGGUGAUUCUCGCGGGCAUGUCAUUAGAACUUGAAAACAGACGACAGGAAACAGCUCUGAUGCCUUAAUAUAGUCUUAAACAACAAAACGGGACCUCGUUAAUUUUGGAAUUCAAUUGAUGCGAAAAACGUUUAUUAGCUUUUUUUUUUUUUAAAAGAAUAGCAAAUAGCGUAAACUAUCCCCUGUUCCCUGUAACCACCUAUUCCUGGCAUUUUGACUUGGUUGCGUAUGAGAGAAUUUCGCUGUAGCUCUUGUGGACCUUAGUAUACUUAUGAUCAAUUUUGUCCCUUCAACAGGUUCAUUACAACAUUGGCAAGCUGAGAGCUGAAAAAGGACAGGCAGGGAUUGCUGAGAAGUUUUACAGAGAAGCAAUCAGGUACCGCGUGGAACUGAUAAACACUCAUUGUACUGGUUUAUUUAGGCAAUAGACCACACUUUCUAUGGGUUUACCGGCGUGAUAACUCACGCGGCAUGUUUGAAGAACACGAGAAAAGGUUGUAAAUCACGAGCCGAACGCCAGUGAUUUACAAGCUUUUCGAGUGUUCUCCCAACAUCCCAAGUGGGUUAUCACGCCGGUAAACGCAUAGAAAGUUUGAUCUAUUGCUUUUAUAAAAUAACUAACCAGAACUAUGAGUUUUACCGGCAUAGCUUUUUAACCAAUCAGAACGCCCGUACUAUCUUGGUUAUUUUAUAAUUCUUGAUAAUUGACGUCGAGUCAAAUGAUAGUUCUUGCCUGUACUUAAAUGAAGUUUCCUUUGAGCGUUUUUAACAAUAAAAAAAUAGCCUGCAGUUUAAUCCAAGCAUGAAAAGGUUUGGGGAACGGCCCUUGCCUGCGGAAGUUCCACGGGUUAUGUUUUAAAGAAAUAUUUACUUCAGAUUGGACAUAUCAUCACGUACCGUAUAGAAUUGUCCCAAUACACAGGAUUUACUGAGGGUGCGUUCGAUUGGGAAAUCCGGAUUUAGAUUUUCAAAAUCUAAAUCCGGAUUUCCCAAUCGAACGCGAAGUCCGAAAACGGAUUUCACCUCCGAGAAAUCCGUCCUCAGGGUGGAUUUCAAUUAUGAAAUCCAAAUCCGGAUUUCAUGGAUUUUCUUUUUUUUUUUCUUCGAUUGGGAAAUCCGAAAAAGGAUUUGCGAAACUAUUCUCGUGAACAGUGGUCUUCUUUUUGCUAAGUAUGCGUGCGCGUGCAAGACCGCUGUUCUUAAGGACAGUUCUUCAAAUCCUUUUUCGGAUUUCCCAAUCGAACGGUUAAAAUGAAAAUCCAAAAACAGAUAUCUCAGCGUUGAAAUCCGUUUUCGGAUUUCGCGUUCGAUUGCAAAUCCGAAAUCCGGAUUUUGAAAUCUAAAUCCAGAUUUCCCAAUCGAACGCACCCUCAGUUUCAUUCUUGGAAGAGCUCGUUUUUUUUUCCUUUCUGUUUGUUUUGUUUUGUUUGCAUAUUUUUCUUAUAUUUUCUCUACCCUAAUGGCUUUUUUCCCUUAAUUUUUCCCCUUGCUGCGCGAGGUUAUGCUAUUCGCGUAUUUCUAGUAAAUUUUUGUCGUUCUAAAGUAUGCAGGUUCUAGGACAAUUAAUCACUACCUUCAACAGUGCAUGUCUUAAAAGAAAAGACUAAAAUGAUAUCAACUAAUUUUAAUUCCCUUAAAUGGUAGGUUAAACCCAGCAUACGAUCAAGCUUUAAACAAUUUGGGAAACCUUAUCAAGGUAUGACGUCCUUGUACAACAUGUUACAUAUAUUUUAUUUUUGACGCACAUGAGACGUUCAAUAACGGAGAGGCAGUAAACAUGUGAAUACUCCAAAAUAUGCGUACUUAGUUUUUGUGGCAGGAAAGAGUGGGAAGUGUGAGUUCUAGAGGGCGGGAAGGGGAAAAUAUGGGGAAAUUAUGCAGCAAUACUCAAUAUUUCGUAAUCGAAAAAAGAGCUGGUGGGAGAAAGCCAAGAAAAAAAGUGGUGUGUGAGAUAACUUAUUAACGAAGCCAUUCUUGUGUAUAGGAAUAACUUUGCGGCGGGCUGGAUGAACUUAGGCACCGUAAAGGCAGCAUUGCAUAAAGAAGAUGUGAGUUUGAUAGCUUUAUUCAUGUUUUCACAAAUCAUUGAUUACGAUCUGACCUUCCAGCGAGCUUUGUUUUUCUGUGUAACAACCGGAGAGCGGCCAGGCGCGCAGGUGGUGGUGAGCCAAGCUAGCAGAGAGAGAAUUAAGGGUAUACUUAAAUCUCAAAUCAAACUUGUGCCUCGUCUUGUGCCAGUUUUUCCUAUUUCUUUCCCUUGAUUCUCUCUGCACGAUUAUUUCUUCCGCACAACUUCGAACUCUCUGAUCCUACAAAAUUUGUUUCUUAGGAAGCCGAAAAAUGCUACAGCAACGCUAUAAAAUACAGACCAAGAUAUCCAGACGCUUUUUUCAACCUUGGAAAUCUGGUAAGAAAAAAAGGUCAAUAGUUUUUAAACGUUCAAAAUGCAUAGUGCAAGCAGUGCAGAUACAAUGAUAUAAUCCUUUUACGUAAACCCUGGAUAGUUUCCCAUUGAUUGCUUUUUCAUGCGUAUUUAUACUGACCUUAAAAUCUUCUCCUCCAGUACAUCGAUCAAGACAAAACUGUAAAAGCCAUUGCCGCAUUUAAAACAGCCAUCAAUUUAAAAAACGAUUAUGUGGGUGCUUGGCUGAAUCAUGCUCUGCUUUUAGAAAAGUCAGGUCAA